AUGAUGGACGGGCAAGCGACUGCAGUGAUCUCGGACAUCCAAAACACGGUUGGCCUCGACAUACCCGCCGCGACCUUAGUGACCCAAGAGGUCACGGGUGGACCGUGGACGCCAACCCAGAAGAGUCGGAUCGCUCUUGCCCUCUCGAAUCAAGUGGCUCAUGGAGCACCGACGGCAGGACGGAAUCGAGCAGUGCAGAAUGUCCCUGCACUCGAACACUUCUUCACCAUCGACGAUUGGCAGACGAUCGAGAAUCCAGACUUCUCUUGGGACCCGAAGUUGAAGAUCGUCGGGGAACGGAUGUGGAAACUCGGUAUCACAUGCCCUUCGGAAUCAUGCCUCAAGCGAAGCAUUGCGAUAGUGUGUUACAAGGGGGGUAAAGGCCCAGUGCAUCCUACCGAGAUGGUGGCGAUGGCCCAGACCCUGAAGCGGAUCAUCAAGGGUAUCGACAAUGCGAGCACGGGCUGGCCGUUCCACCACAUUCCGACCUACCCUAUGGAUCCGACUGCGCUCCCCCCUGGAGUCUACGAGUUCGCCUUCCAGUCGACGGCUGGCCCGAUCGCCCCGCCUGAUUGGAACCAUGCCGACUUUGAUAAUGUGGUCAGGCACGUGCCCAUCAGGAAGACCCACAAGGAGCUGAGGCCUGACCAGAACUCUGCGAUCGUCCCCUUCGGCAACCCCUCUCCACCGAGGCCCCCCCAAUCGCUGCAGAGCAUGUUCGUUGACCCGAACCAAGCCAUGGCUAUGCUGGGUGGAAUCAUGAGUGCUGCCAUGGGCCGUGGGUUCCCAGGAGGCGACCAGGGCCAAUCGCAGGCGGGCUUGAUUCAGUUCUGCGAGCCCGCGUCGAGGAGGCUGGCCAGCAAACGCUCGUUGUCGGCUACCACGCUGCCGCUCAUGGGUCAUGGUGGUGCUGACGACAUCGCCAAGCUGUCCGACGUGGACUCCGAGGCGGCCUCUGGAGCGGCUCCAAGCGUGGUUGCUGGUGGUAUCCUCGCCCCUGCUGGUGUCGCAGCCCCAACCACGGCAGCGACAGCCGCCCCAGCCCUCGCGUCCAAGACGGACCUCGACGAGGCAGAGGCCCUCGAGCAACAGUUCAUCGACGCUGCCACUUCGAAGGGCAAGGCCAAGGGCAAGGCCAAGGGCAAGGCCAAGGGCAAGGCCAAGGGCAAGGCCAAGCCCAAGGCCAAGCCCAAGUCCCCUGCCUCGCCCAAGGACUCCACGCCGAAGGCCAAGGUCAAGGUCGAUGCCACGCGCACCCCAGGCAAGCUCAAGACCUUCGAUUACAAGCAGUGGCUCAACCCCAAGGACAUCUUGGGGCGCUCGCGCAAUGCUUUCACGUGCCGCGCGUACAAGGGCGCCCAGGCAGCUGCGAGGAGUAUGGGUUGGAGCGAUGAGGAAGCUAUCACGGUGGCCCGCAUCGCACUGGGCAAGGCGGGCGAGGUAUACACAAAGCAUGGGCACAAGAAGUGAUGAGGGGCACACCCCAGUAUGAGAAUUCGUUGCUGGCAUUUGUGUCCGAUGAUGGUCUCCAGGUCUCCAGGGAGCUCGAGGCCUUACCUGCAUGCACGUUGGUUCAGCUGUGGGUAGACACAGUGCGUCGUACACUCG